AUUGGAAGACCGUUCAUGCCGCCAUAUUGGUCUCUGGGCUUCCAGCUCUGUCGCUAUGGUUACAAGAAUCUAGAGCAUAUCCAGAAUGUCGUCGACGGCAUGAGGAACUACAAUAUUCCACAGGAUGUGCAGUACGCUGAUAUAGACUACAUGGAGCGUCAGCUGGACUUCACUCUUGACCACACCAACUUUCACGGCCUCCCUGCCUACUUCAGACAGCUGCAGGACGAAGGGAUGAAAACUAUCAUCAUUUUGGACCCCGCUAUCAGUAAGAACGAGACCAACUACCCAGCCUGGGACAGGGGUGUCCAGAUGGACGUAUGGAUAAAAAACGAGGACCAGAGUGGACCUGCCUACGGGAAGGUGUGGCCGGAAUAUGCGGACGAGUUUCUACCAGGAAAAAUGGAGAAUGCUUCAUGGGACUUCCAGGUGGAGAACUACCGUUCGCUGGUUGGUUUUCCUGACUUCCUGAAGCCGUCCACUCACGACUGGUGGCACGAACAGAUUGUUGACUUCUACAACGACCCGACAGAAGGCAUCAGAUUUGACGGGAUAUGGAUCGACAUGAACGAACCCGCUAACUUCAUUCCCGGAAACUACGACCCGACAACCAAUUCCGGGAAGUGUGAGAACAACAUAUGGAACAACCCUGACUACACGCCUUGGGUGAUGGGUGACCUGUACAGUAAGACCAUCUGUAUGGACGCACAUCAGGAGGGUACAGACGGCACUACUUACAGACACUACGAUGUUCACAACCUGUACGGCUGGAGUCAGACGCCUACUACACUCAGGAGUGCCCGAGUAGCGACAGGGAAGCGCAGCAUCGUUGUGACCAGGUCCACCUUCCCCGGCAGCGGCAAGAGCGGAGGACACUGGCUGGGCGACAACACCAGCAAGUGGGACCACCUCCAUAAGUCUAUCAUCGGUAUGCUGGAAUUCAACCUCUUUGGAAUCCCAUAUAUCGGUGCAGAUAUCUGCGGGUUCUGGGGCGAGCCUGACCGUGAGAUGUGUUGGCGGUGGAUGCAGCUCGGAGCGUUCUACCCUUACAGCCGCAACCAUAACCAGAAGGACGUCAUAGCGGAACAAGACCCGUCCGCAUGGGGUCCGGAGUUUGCCGAAGCUUCCCGGGCGGUGCUGUUAACCCGUUACCGCCUACUGCCCUACCUCUACACGCUCUUCUACGAGGCGCACACUAAAGGGUCUACUGUUGUUCGCCCGCUGUUACACGAGUUCCGUACGGAUAGGAACGCCUGGACUAUUGACAGACAAUUCUUGUGGGGCCCAGCCCUUCUCAUCUCACCAGUACUGGAACAGGGUGUCACCAGUGUGACUGCGUACAUGCCUGAUGCCCGGUGGUUCGACUACUACACGGACAGUGAAGUCAGUUCCUCCAGCCGUGGCAGUAACAUGACAAUCCCGUGUGAUAUGAACUGUAUCCCGCUCCACGUACGAGGCGGAUAUAUCAUCCCAACACAGGAGCCCGCAACCAACACGAAAACAAGCCGACAGAACAAGUUUGAGAUGUUGGUUGUGCUCAAUGAUGACGAGUCAGCGGAAGGUCGGUUGUUCUGGGACGACGGAGAAAGUGCCGACACUAUUGAAAGUGGGGAUUAUCUUCUGCUGGAGUUAAGAGCCAAUAUGGGUGGUUUUACCACGAUUGUCACUCACAAAGGGUACCAGCCAGACAGCACCACAACGAUCGGUAGUGUGAAGGUGCUCGGCCUGAAGAGCACAGUGGGGGAUGUAAAACUGGACGGCGUGAGCACCUCCCGAUACACGUAUCGGCAAAACGUGCUUCACAUCACGGGCAUGAAUCUGGACCUGGCUGUCAAUCACGAGAUUAGGUGGAGCAAGACUACUUCAGCUGCAGUACACCUUAUACCCGCAAGAUGGCAACUGCUGUUCGUGUUCGCUGUCCUCUGUGCUUUACUGACGUGAAAACGUCAUAUGAUGCUAUUGUGUAUUUGAAAAUUAAAAUCUAGAGUUAGAAAUUAAGCAAAUGUUGUGCCUUGUUGAUUAAUAUGGAUAAUAUCAUCUGGCAACCCCAAAACUUAUGCAAGCAUUCUAUACGAAUU